AGAGGCAGGCCUGAAAGCUGAUCUCCAAGAAGGCGUGGCUCCAGGAUGAUGGCGAAUAAAAACUCGGAGAGCCAGCACCGUCAGGAGACCAGCAGGAGGCACGAGGAGCCAUUCAACGAUCCAUUCAGAAGCGAUGCCCAUGGCGUCCCCCCAAACCCUACUCCUCUGCCUGCUGCUCCUGGCGGUCACUGAAGGCCAGAGUCGACAGGCCGCCAUCCCAGGCUGCUACUUGCACCCCUUCAACGUGACAGUGCGAAGUGACCGCCAAGGCACCUGCCAGGGCUCCCAUGUGGCACAGGCCUGUGUGGGCCACUGCGAGUCCAGCGCCUUCCCUUCCCGGUACUCCGUGCUGGUGGCCAGUGGUUAUCGACAUAACAUCACCUCUGUGUCUCAGUGCUGUACCAUCAGCGGCCUGAGGAAGGUGAAGGUGCAGCUGCAUUGUGGGGGGAACCGGAAGGAGGAGCUGGAGAUCUUCACGGCCAGGGCCUGCCAGUGUGACAUGUGUCGCCUCUCGCGCUACUAGCCCAUCCUUCUCCCCUUCCCCUCCCCCUGGUCACAGGGUUUAGAGUUGGAGUAUAUCCUACAUAUCCUGAACCUCACUAAGGAUAACAGGUCCAACCCUCUGAGAAGAGGGGGUUUCUGCCUCUUCCCCACCUCUGCCUGGCUUCCGAACCAGUCCUUCAUCAGUUCACCUCCCCCUUGUCCCUACCCCUAAAUAAAGCAAGCAGAUCGUGA